CGACGUAAUCUUUAAGAUACCGCUGAGUUCUAUAAACAGCGCGUUAUCUUGAGUCUUCAAAUGAUAGCGUGCAACCGACAGUCGGUAUUUGUACUGUUUCAAUUGUGCAAUGGUUAGGGAAAAAAGAUGUGGACAUUAAGUUUUAUAUUACUUAUUUGGACAAUUAUUGACUAUGUUGGUACAUUACAUUAUAGUAAGCUACGAUUAGCUGGUAGUAAUCUAGGCAAUCAAGGUCGCGUGGAGGUCCUGUACAACAACACAUGGGGAACCGUGUGCGAUAUUGGAUGGGACCGGUCAGAUGCGGCCGUUGUCUGUAGGGAGCUGGGGUUGCCAUUUUCUGGAGCCGUGCCUAGUACUUAUAGUUUGUUCGGUGAAGGGACCGGUGAAAUUCAUCUUUCAAAUGUGAACUGCGAUGGGACGGAAACCACGCUCGCGAAUUGUACAUGGAGGAAGGAAGACUGCAAUCAUUCCAUGGAUGCGGGAGUAAUUUGUCAACAAAACGCAGGUAUUACACCGAUACGACUUGUCGGAGGUCGGACUAACAACGAAGGCCGUGUGGAGAUUCUUUACAACAACACAUGGGGUACGAUCUGUGAUGGCAGUUUUGACGUCAAUGAUGCUGCCGUAUUGUGUGGAAUGCUGGGAUAUUCAAGACAAGGUGCACUCGCCUUACGUAAUGCGUCAUACGGGCAAGGAGCAAGUCAUGUUUGGUUGGACGAUCUUAACUGUUCCGGAAAUGAGACAGAUGUUGCGUUAUGUGGUCAUAAUGGUUGGGGAAAUUCAAACUGCAAUCACACCGAGAAUGCUAGUAUCCGCUGCUUCUCAACAGAAAGUGUGCGUCUGGCAGGGGGUCCAUCGCCAAAUGAAGGCCGGGUCGAAAUAUUGAGGCAGGGGAUCUGGGGUACCGUGUGCGAUGAUCAUUUUGACGAUAAAAGCGCAGCUGUUAUCUGCAACAUGCUCAACAUGACAGGAUCCGGAGCCCAGUCUAGAGCGUAUUUUAGAUCCGGAGGCUACUAUGGUCUUGGUACCGGCACAAUUUGGCUGGAUGACGUGCAAUGCAUUGGUAACGAGAGACAUAUCUACCAAUGUAAACACAACGCUUGGGGAGUUAACGACUGUACUCAUUCCGAAGAUGUGGGAGUCGUGUGCGUUCCGGCAUCAGAAAGUGUGCGUCUGGUAGGGGGUCCAUCGCCAAAUGAAGGCCGGGUCGAAAUAUUGAGGCAGGGGAUCUGGGGUACCGUGUGCGAUGAUCAUUUUGACGAUAAAAGCGCAGCUGUUAUCUGCAACAUGCUCAACAUGACAGGAUCCGGAGCCCAGUCUAGAGCGUAUUUUAGAUCCGGAGGCUACUAUGGCCUUGGUACCGGCAGAAUUUGGCUGGAUGACGUGCAAUGCAUUGGCAACGAGAGACAUAUUGAUCAAUGUAAACACCACGCUUGGGGAGUUAACGACUGUACUCAUUCCGAAGAUGUGGGAGUCGUGUGCGUUCCGGGUGCUACAACUAAUCAAACCGACCUUCAGUAUCGAUUGCGUAACGGCACGCGGAGCAAUGAAGGUCGACUGGAGGUCAACCGCGGCGGCGUUUGGGGGACAGUUUGCGAUGACAAGUUCGAUAACAACGCCGCACAAAUCGUCUGUAAAACACUCGGUUUCGCUAAUGUAACAGCCCAAGUCGCUCAACAGGGCAAAUACGGUCCCGGAAGCGGCCCGAUAUGGUUGGAUGAUAUUACGUGCUUUGGAAACGAGCGUUCCAUCGCUGACUGUUAUCACAACGACUUCGAAGUCAAUAACUGUGACCAUUCGGAGGACGUUGGGGUAAUCUGCAAUACAGAAAGUGUGCGUCUGGUAGGGGGUCCAUCGCCAAAUGAAGGCCGGGUCGAAAUAUUGAGGCAGGGUGUCUGGGGUACCGUGUGCGAUGAUGAUUUUGACGAUAAAAGCGCAGCUGUUAUCUGCAACAUGCUCAACAUAACCGGAUACGGAACCCAGUCUAGAGCGUACUUUAGAUCCGGAGGCUUCUAUGGCCCUGGUACAGGCACAAUUUGGCUGGAUAACGUGCAAUGCAAUGGCAACGAGAGAGAUAUUGAUUUAUGUCAACACAACGCUUGGGGAGUUAACGACUGUACUCAUUCCGAAGAUGUGGGAGUCGCAUGCGUUCCGGAAAGUGUGCGUCUGGUAGGGGGUCCAUCAGCCAAAGAAGGCCGGGUCGAAAUAUUGAGGCAGGGGAUCUGGGGUACCGUGUGCGAUGAUCAAUUUGACGAUAAAAGCGCAGCUGUUAUCUGCAACAUGCUCAACAUGACAGGAUCCGGAGCCCAGACUAGACCGUUUUUUAGAUCCGUAAGCUACUAUGGCCCUGGUACAGGCACAAUUUGGCUUGAUAACGUGCGAUGCAAUGGCAACGAGAGACAUAUCAACCAAUGUCAACACAACGCUUGGGGAGUUAACGACUGUACUCAUUCCGAAGAUGUGGGAGUCGCGUGCGUUCCGGCAUCAGAAAGUGUGCGUCUGGUAGGGGGUCCAUCGUCAAAUGAAGGCCGGGUCGAAAUAUUGAUGCAGGGGAUCUGGGGUACCGUGUGCGAUGAUAAUUUUGACGAUAAAAGCGCAGCUGUUAUCUGCAACAUGCUCAACAUGACAGGAUCCGGAGACCAGUCUAGACCGUUUUUUAGAUCCAGCGGCUACUAUGGCCCUGGUACCGGCAGAAUUUGGCUGGAUAACGUGCAAUGCAAUGGCAACGAGAGACAUAUCGACGACUGUCAACACAACUCUUGGGGAUUCAACGACUGUACUCAUUCCGAAGAUGUGGGAGUCGUGUGCGUUCCGGGUGCUACAACUAAUCAAACUGACCUUCAGUAUCGAUUGCGUAACGGCAUGCGGAGCAAUGAAGGUCGACUGGAGGUCAACUACGGCGGCGUUUGGGGAACAGUUUGCGAUGACAAGUUCGAUAACAACGCUGCAAAAAUCGUCUGUAAAAAACUCGGUUUCGCUAAUGUAACAGCCCUAGUCGCUCCACAGGGCAAAUACGGUCCCGGAAGCGGACGGAUAUGGUUGGAUGAUGUUACGUGCUUUGGAAACGAGCGUUCCAUCGCUGAGUGUCAUCACAACGACUUCGGAGUCAAUAACUGCAACCAUUGGGAGGACGUUGGGGUAAUCUGCAAUACAGACUGUGGGGAGUGGUAUAGCAGUUUCAGUUCGUUAAUUUAUCAGACAAUAGUCUACAAAUAUUCACCAACUUUCGGUUAUGUGGCUGAAAUGACAUGCAAACCGGGAUACGUUGUCGUCAACAAAACCAGUACGCGAUUUGAAUCAGCUGUUUGUACAGAGAACGGUACAUGGAGUUUACCUGCAUAUUCAGCCUGUGUUCCAGAUGAGCAAAAGAAUGUUAAAAACUGUUCAGUCAACGUGGAUACGAAACACAGAACUUGGAAUGAAACCCAACCUGGAACGAUCGCUGAAGAAAAGUGUCCAAUUGGAUAUUCCGGGAUGGUAAGUCGGCAAUGCAGCGAGGAAGGCAACUGGCUCAACCCUUUCUACAAUUGCAUAUCCAAAAUCGUUGCUGAUUUAAUAAAGGCGGUGGAGAGUUUGAAAGUAUCACCGUCUGCUGAGAAAAUAACUGACAGUUUAGAUCAGCUGGUAAAUGUAACAAAACCUGAGAACGGAUCAUCUUAUAUCGGUGAACUUAACGCUGUUACUGACAUGUUGGACACUAUAACAAGCGUCAGUAACGUCGUUGGCGCUACGGAUAAGCAAGCUGAUUCGUUCUUUUCCGCAACAAGUAACUUAAUUGACACUAAAAAUGCCGAUUCAUGGCAAUCAGGAGGCGACCAGUAUGGAAACUAUGGCUCUCAAGAAGAAUAUCAAGCGAGUUCCGAUUUUAUCGGUGCUAUGAAAGUCAUAAAUGUGGUUGACAAGUACACAGACAUUCUUUUGAAUUCAAUAGGCAACAAAACUGACAGCAGUAAACCUAUACAUUCGGAUAAUUUAGUCGUUUAUCUUACAAAAGUAAACACAACAGCAGAAAAUUUAAAAAUUGAAGAAGAAGCGCUCGGCAUAUCGAGUUCAAUUAUUCUGCCAAAAACUUCAUUAAAUGGAUCAAACUCCAUCUCAGUAGUCGUGUACAAAAAUUUGACCGGAAUAGUGUCAUCAAAAUUGAACAAUGUCAAUGACACUACAAUCAAUUCAGAGGUUGUGACUAUAUCCUUAGAUAAUUGGGAGAAGAACGCAAACUUUGUCGUAGAUAUAACAAUGGAGUUCGCUCAGGACGUCCGUUCAGCCCCCAUUUGUAGUUUUUGGAAUAAAACAAUUUUUGCAUGGGAUACUUCCGGAUGUCGUGUCCUGUCCUCAAAACAUUCAAGCGCAACAUGUCGUUGCACGCAUCUGACGAACUUUGCAAUCCUCAUGAGCCCAGUUAUUCAGAGUAAUUUGAAUAAUAUGGUCCUCGACUUAAUUUCAAUAGUUGGCUGUUCAAUAUCAUUGGCUGGCUUGAUCUUGACGGUUGUUAUCCAUCUAUUUCUAUGGAAAUAUAUAAACAAAAGGCGUGUUGCUGUCUUGUUGAACUUGUCUGUUGCUCUCAUCAUUUCUUAUGUAAUGUUUAUUGGAGGCAUCGAUAAAACGGAAAACAAGAUAUUGUGUACAGCAUUGGCGUCUCUAUUGCAUUACAUCUACCUGGUAGUUUUCUCGAUAAUGUUGGUUGAAGGUAUCGACCUUGCCUUGACUGUAUUGAAUGUCUUUAAACAAAAACCGAAACUGAAAUGGAUGCUGAUCGCAGCUUGGGUUGCUCCUGCUGUGAUUGUUGGAAUAGCACUAGGUGUUACCAAGACCGAAGGAUAUGGAAAUGAAAUAUCCUGCUGGUUGACAACAAAGGGAGGUGUCAUCUGGGCCUUCGUUGGACCAGCACUUUUUGUCAUCUUGGUUAACUUCGUCAUCUUGGUGAUUGCGAUACGGGCAACUCUUACAUUGCACGCCAUGACAAAAAAGUCAACCGUUGAAAAAUCAAAGUCAGCAAUAUGGUGUCUAUUAGUCCUAAUGCCAUUGAUGGGGUUAACGUGGGUUCUUGGCGUGUUCUAUCUGGAUGAAAGCAUGGCCUGGGUACAGUAUGCAUUCGCUGUGUGCAACAGUCUGCAGGGAUUGGUGAUUUUCUUGUUCAACUGUGCCUUUAACAAAAGGAUUUGGAAGGCAUGCACAACAAAACAGAAAAGGUCGUCGGCAGCGAGUAGAAUUAACCUCAAUUCUAGGAGCACAUCAUUUACAUCGGCAAUAACGGAUAACAGCGAUGUAAGCAUGACCACACAUGUCACAUAUGAAGAAAAAGACACCACCGGCCAAUUUGCAAACCAACAAUAGCAAACAACUACGUAGUCUGAAAACGAAAAAGUAUUUUGCUCGGUGAACAGAAUGAGAACAGGACUAUAGAAGAGAUUAUACAAAGUUAAUACGAUGCGUAAACGGUGAACAGAAAUGCACUGGUUAUAUUCAAUUUAUAAUACUGUUAGAACAAUAUUCAUGUGCCAAAGUAAAAUAUGAGGCUCAUAUAAAUAGUUAUGCCGUGUAUAACAUUUUUUCUUAUGUUUGUACUUACCCGAUAACAUUUUUAAUGAAAUUUUCAUCUUUUGAGUCACUCAAUCUGCCAUUAACAAUUCUUUAGAUCAUUGUCUGAUAACUCUUGUUUUUACGUGUGUAAAACAAUUUCUUGCGCCUUGUUAUUCCUUUAUUUUCUUAUCGUUUGUGUCUUUUCCAUGUCUGCAUGUGUCAUAUAUUUUAAACAUCUGUAAUGUGCUAACUAACAGGCUGUACCAUUUAGAUCAUAGUUCUACAUGGUUAUAGAGUCAACGUAGAAUAAAAUACUUUGAUGUAAACUAAGGGCUUGCUCACGUUUUUAUUCUCAAGUUUACGUGCAGGUACCAGCCGACUAUUUUUAAGGCAAAUGAAAUAUCUAGAAGUCAAUUAUUUGUAACUUUUGGUUUUCGCUAAAUAGUAAAAUCUGAGCUCUUUGAUUUCCAAAAGCAUUGAUGACUUUCGACAUAUGGCACAAAUAUUACAUUUUUUGAAGGGUGGGUCAUGCCCAUAUACACACAGUUACCAUCAACAUCAAUUACAUACAUUAGAUGUCAAAUUUGAAAUUACUGCACAUUAUUAUGACAAAAGCACUUGUUCACUAUCUCACUUAUGCGUGUGUUGAAAGUGUUCAAAAUAAUCUGGCACAUCUGACUUGUCUGAGACGUUUACAAUAGCAAAAUUAGUCAAAUCGCACUACUCUUUGCUAUGAUUAAAGGCAUGUCCGCACCCGUUUUGAAGAUGGCACCAAUGUAAACUCGUCAUUCUUAAUGUGUGUUGAAAGCACGUGGUUGCUUGCUGUGUCUAUGGUUUAUGUAAUUCUUAAAAUAUCACAAAAUCCCACUUAAUUGUCCGUAAUAAAGCUUUAUAUGUAUAUGUGUAUAUAUGUGUGACAGGGUGGUUGGGAGUGGGGUCGUUGAGUAUGUGUGGGUGUGGUUGGGUGUGUAUGAGUGUAUGUUGGUGUGACAGCGAGUGUUUGCCCGUCUGUGUGCAUGCAUAUUGUUUUUUAUGUAAAAUGAUGAAUUGUGUCAACUAUUAUGAUUGACGGCACUGUGUUAUAUUAAGUAUACUUAUAUACCGCUCAAAACAAUUCUGAAUGAGUGUGCCGUAUAUAUUAUGUGUUAUAUUACCCAUGGCUUAUGUAUGCAAAUGUACCUGGUGUCAAUGUACAUGUCAAAAUGGUGAAAUAAAUAAGAAAAAAUGGUA